CGCGGGGGUGCGCGGGCGGCGACCGCGCCAUGCAGUACCAGCCACCGGGCGCGGCGCCGGCGGCCCUGGGCGUCGGCGUCCCGCUGUACGCGCCCACGCCGCUGCUCCAGCCCGCGCACCCCACGCCCUUCUACAUCGAGGACAUCCUGGGCCGCGGCCCCGCCGCUGCCCCGGCCCCCCACUCCCUGCCCGCCCCGCCGCCGCCAACGCUGCCGUCGCCCAACUCCUCCUUCACCAGCCUGGUGUCCCCGUACCGGACCCCCAUCUACGAGCCGACCCCCGUCCACCCGGCCUUCUCCCACCACCUCGCCGCCACCUAUGGCACCGGCGCCUACGCCGGGCCCCUCUACUCCUUCCCCCGCGCCGUCGGCGACUACGCGCACGCCCUGAUCCGGCAGGACCCCCUGGGGAAGCCGCUGCUGUGGAGCCCCUUCAUCCAGCGGCCGCUGCACAAGAGGAAGGGGGGGCAGGUCCGCUUCUCCAACGACCAGACCAUUGAGUUGGAAAAGAAGUUCGAGACGCAGAAAUACCUCUCUCCGCCGGAGAGGAAGCGCCUGGCCAAGAUGCUGCAGCUCAGCGAGAGGCAGGUGAAAACGUGGUUUCAGAAUCGCAGAGCCAAAUGGAGGCGUCUAAAGCAGGAGAACCCCCAGGCCACCAAAAAAGAAGAAGUAGAAGGUGCUGACAGUCACAGUGACCAAAGGCCGGAGAGCUGCCAGAGCCCCGAGCAGAAGGGUAAGGAGGUCUCUCUGGAUGGCUCACAGUACACCCCCUCACCAGCCUCACAGGAGGACCUGGAGUCAGAUGUCUCUGAUGACUCUGAUCAAGAAGUGGACAUUGAAGGCGAUAAAGGCUAUUACAAUGCUGCCCACUAACAGCCCCAUGCAGAGAGCGGACCCUAACUCGGCUUGCACUUUACCAGGGGCUGGUUUGAAAGAAUAUUGUGCUGCAGGAGAAAACUUUCACCGUUACACUGAAAGAAAAAAAGCAUCACCAAAUAGACUCAUUUUAUAAUAAGCAGAGAAAGAAAGAUGUAUUUUCUGCAAACAGUUCAGUUUUGGCAUCUCUAAUUUGGUUAAAGGACCAUGGUUUGUAUUUAAUUAUUUGUAAGAUAUGUUUGUACAAUAAUCAAUGUUCUAACUGGAAUAUAAUUCUGCACCCUGUCCUUGCUCACGGUGGUGGAGAGGGUCUGAAUCAGCUGCUGUCAGUGAUCAGGCAAAACUCUAGCUAGUGUGGAAGUGAGUAUGGAUUGCAGGACUAAGCCCUUUAUAUGUGUAAACAAACGUACUUUAAAUAGAUUAAUUUAAAUGCCCUUUUUAAGCAGAAAAAUAUGUUCUGUGAAAUAGGGAGGGAUUUGACCAUCCCAAGAAGUGCCUUAUGCUUGCACCCUUUUAUGUGCCGUGGUGCUCUCUACUGAGACAUCCCUCCAUUUGUCAGGUAGAGUUGUUGGACAGAUUCCUUUUUCCUCUUGUGUGAGAUGAAAUGUGCCUUCUCAGAUUUUUGAGAACCUUGCCUCACAGUUUGGAUGGUUCCAUUUGCAGAAAAAAAAUUACUUUCCUCCUUUAAAAUCUCUAGCACUGUUUUUUAUGGAUUUCAUAUUUGAAGAGAAAAUGCAAGGAGCGAUAGGGCCCUACUGCAGGAGAGAAACUGGCAUCAGCUGUGGGGCAUAAGUGAGGCACACAGGUGUGGGAAGAUAAUGCCUAUCUGCUUCUGUACAUAGUAGUUUUGUUUAAAAGUCUUGUGGUUUUAUACCUCACAUUGUUCAUAUUUUGUACAUAUUUGUUCAGUGUUAAAAAAAAAAGGCAAAACCUGGUAUUUAAUUUUUGAUGGACAUAUCUGUGAAAUAAACCUAAAUUCUGCACCACUCA